UUCAGGUAACCAGACUAAAUGCUGAUACUCCUUCCGAAAAGUAAAUUGCAUGAAUUACAGCGAUGGCGACGACGGAAACUACGACGAGGAAUCCCAGGCAAAAUGUGAUGGUCGGGGACCUUCCUCCAGACUUCCUGCGCAUCCAGGGGGUCAGCGGUGCCCCCGCACAAAACAACACUCAAAUAUCUGCCGACGAGCAGACAGCACGAGCCCUACAAUAUGGUCAGGCUGGCGUACAGGUGGCUGGUGGGCCAUGCAUCGGCAGGCUGAGCAUCACAAUAGUACAGGCCAAGCUAGCCAAGAACUACGGCAUGACGCGCAUGGACCCCUACUGUCGCAUCAGGGUCGGCCACGCCGUGUUUGAGACGCCUACUGAUCUGAACGGCUCGAAAAACCCCAGGUGGAACAAGACCAUUCAGUGCAACGUACAGCCUGGGGUAGAAUCUGUGUACUUAGAGAUUUUUGACGAGAAAUCCUUUGGAGCUGACUAUCGCAUUGCGUGGAAUCACAUCCAGAUCGCGCCGUCUGUAUUCCAAGGUGAAGUCAAGGAUGACUGGUACCCGCUAACUGGUAAACAGGGAGACGAGAAGGAAGGCAUGAUCAACAUUGUGCUGUCUCAUCAGCAAGUUCAGCAGAUGCCGAUGUUUGCACCUCAAGUUGUGUACGGUGCCCCCCAGACCAUGGUCAUUCCAGGACCCUAUGGCUAUGCCCCUGUUGCGCCUAACAUGAUGGGCUAUCCUCCCCAGGCCGUGCCUCAACAACCCCAUCGCCAACCCAGCCAGGUCCGCGUGCCACCCCAGAUCACGGAGGAAGACGUGGCCGGUCUGAAGGACAUGUUCCCUGACAUGGAGAGCGAGGCUAUCAAGUCGGUCCUAGAGGCCAACAACGGCAACAAGGACGCUGCCGUCAACAGCCUCCUGGCCAUGAGCAGCUAAGAAAAUCUCAAUCUCAUCUUUACCAAGUCCUCAAAUAGUUAUCCUCAUUUAAACCCUAUCCCUCUAGCGUAUGUUGGCUAGCAAGCCUGCUAAAUGCAAUAACGUGCACCAUUUGUCAAAUGGAGAAGCCUUCAGAGUGUGAAUUCAGUGUCGGGUUUAGCUCUUCACUGACAUAUUUUUUGUUUUGUUUUUAUAAACACUGUUUACUCGGUGUAGUCUCGAGUGAUUGUGAGAAAAAAAAUCACAAACCACUCGGGUGGGACUCGAACCCACGACCUCCUGCUUACUUAGUGGGGACAUCUUACUACUCGACCAUCGAGCUUGCCGGAGUCGGCUGGCUGGUUCGAAUCUGAUAUAGCAGUCGGUACCGCAACCAAACUAUUCAUAAGUGAAGCGAGAUCCAUUAGGUCAAACAAUUUCAAAGCCAGGCUGCCCCGGAGCAGGAUUUGACUGUACUGAACUAGCUUUAUAGUUGUCUGAAAAUUUGCAGUUUAUGCAACAGACUUUUACACGUGCUGCACGGUUUUGCCUCUGGCAGGGUUAUGAUUAAGGAUUGGCUCGUAACUGUCGUGGAUGCAAAU